AUGGCGACAAGCCUCAAGCUCAACAUCCCCACCGUCGCCCCUCGCGGUUCUCCCGCUUUCGCUCAGGCUCUGAAAGCUUGUUGUGCUAUUACCGCUUUUCAGGCCGAUCAGGUUCAAUUCUGCAAGUCAACCGACACCGCUGUAUCGUUAGAAGCACCAAAGGAGGGUGUAACUAUCGUUGAUAUAAACGCUAUUGUAAGGUACCUCGCUCGGGUCGGUGGAGCCGGGUUUAAGGCCGAAAGAGCCCCGGACGACGCUUGGAUCGAGUGGGAAGAGCUGGUGUUACGGCCGAGAAUUAGUGAGCUUUCGACCGUACUGGAUUUGGCCGAACAGUUGUUGGUUAAGAGUGGUAUCGUAGGGACUGCUGCUGCUGUUUCACCUGCACAAAUCAUCCUCUUCUCGACGCUUUACGAUUCUACGGCUGGUGCUUCGCCGAGUAUUCUUGAUAAACACCCACAGUUAAAAACUUGGUUCCGAAAGACGUUGGGUAGCGAGUGGGCUAUUGAAGGCAUUCAGAAAGCUGCAGCUAUGACUACAGUAGCACCUGCUGAUAAUUCUUCCGCAAAGGCGGUGAAGGGAGCUGCUGGAACUGCUCCAAAGGUUGAAAAGAAGCCUGUUGUUGUUGGCACUGUUGCCGAUAGGAAGCUUGGAGAUGGAAUUGAGAUGAAGGUUUAUAAGGAUGGUGAGAAGAUUCUCCCAAUCCCUGGACAGCGAAACGUUCUCAUCACCUCUGCCCUCCCAUACGUCAACAAUGUCCCACAUCUUGGCAAUAUCAUCGGAUCCGUCCUCAGCGCCGACGUCUACUCCCGUUACUGCAAAGCUCGUAACUACAACUGUCUCUACGUUUGCGGCACGGACGAAUACGGUACCGCGACCGAAACGAAAGCCCUUGAAGAGAAAGUUACGCCUCGCGAACUCUGCGACAAGUAUAACGCCCUUCACAAGGCGGUUUACAAAUGGUUCAAUAUCGGUUUCGACCACUUCGGUCGUACGACCACAGCUGAACAAACGGAAAUUGCUCAGGAUAUCUUCUUGAAACUUCACAAGAACGGAUACCUUUCUGAAGACUCGAUUACCCAGCUUUACUGCGAACAGCAUGAUGGUUUCCUUGCUGAUCGAUAUGUCGAGGGCACCUGUCCUAAAUGCAACUAUGAUGACGCCCGUGGUGAUCAGUGUGAUAAGUGUGGAACUCUUCUCGAUCCUAUGGAGCUUAUCAAGCCUCGCUGCAAACUCGAUAAUGCUACACCUGUCGUCCGACCCACCAAACACAUCUACCUCGAGCUCGGCAAGCUACAGCCACAAGAAGAAGCAUGGUUCAAUAAGUCCGUCGUCGAGGGUGCCUGGGCCCGUAAUGGUAAAAUGAUCACUGAAUCCUGGUUGAAGGAGGGUCUUCAAAAGCGAGCUAUCACAAGAGAUCUAUCAUGGGGUACACCAUUACCAAAGGAAGGAUUUGAAGAUUACCAAAAGAAAGUGCUGUACGUCUGGUUUGACGCCUGCAUUGGAUACGUCUCCAUCACCGCAACAUACACACCCGAAUGGGAACGAUGGUGGAAAGACCCCGACAACGUCAGGCUCUACCAGUUCAUGGGUAAAGAUAACGUUCCCUUCCACUCCGUCAUCUUCCCAUCUUCGCAACUUGGUACGGGCGAUAAAUGGACCAUGGUACACCAUAUCUCCACCACUGAGUAUCUCCAAUACGAAGGCGGGAAGUUUUCGAAAUCGAGAAACGUUGGUGUCUUUGGUAACAAUGCAGAAGAUACUGGUGUUCCAGCUGACGUAUGGAGAUUCUAUCUCCUUGCCUCGAGACCCGAGACCGGUGAUACACAGUUCAUCUGGCGAGAUUUCAUCUAUAAGAACAACAGCGAGCUUUUGGCAAGAUUUGGUAACUUUGUUAACAGACUUGUUAAGUUCGCUAUCGCAAAGUAUGAAGGUCUUGUACCGGAUUAUACCACGGCUGGCAAUGAUCCUGCCUUUGACUCAUUCAAAGCGGAUAUUAAUAAGCUGUUGAAGGAAUACGUUGAAGAACUUGAAGCCGUCCACAUCCGUACCGGAACCGAAUUACUCAUGCAGGUUGCCCAACGCGGCAACCAAUUCUUGCAGGACAAUAAACUCGAUAACGCAACUUUUGCGGCCGAACCGGCUAAGACUGCGGCUGUCGUCGGGUUGGGCUUGAACUUGAUCUACUUGCUAUCGGCUUUGAGUUAUCCAUACAUGCCGGCUACGGCGGAAUCGAUCGCUAGACAGUUGAAUGCGCCGCUAAGGAACAUUCCAGAUACUUGGGAGUUGGACUUGAAGGUUGGGCAUAGGAUUGGAGCGGCGGAGUAUUUGUUUAGUAUGAUUGAUAUGAAGAAGGAAGGGGAGUGGCAACAGAAGUAUGGAGGGGAUAAGAAAGUUGAGGAGGCUUUGAAGCAGGAAGAGAAGAAGAAGAAGGCUGAUAAGAAGGCCAAGAGGAAGGAAGCUGCGAAGAAGGGGGGUGAUGGUGGAGCUGCUGCUGCUGGGCCGUCGAAUGUUGUUGCUAAUUAA